AUGGAAAAAUUAAGUGAGAUAAAUAAUAAUGACAAAAUAAAAAAGAUUUUAAAAAAUAUAAAAGAUAGUGAGAAUACGAAAAAUAAAUUUUGUAACAUUCUAUUGUUAACGAAAAAUAUAAAAGAUUUAAAACAAGAUGAUAAAAUUAAUGUUUUAAAAGCAAUAGAUGUUGAAUUUAUUUGUUUAUUGUUACGUUCAAAAAAUGAAUUUAAAUUAUUUACUCUUCGUUUAAUCAAUAGCUUAGUAGCCAACUCUACUUUCCUCUAUUUAAAAAAAUGUUUGCCUUUUAUAAAUUCUAUUAUUUACCAUUAUUUAUCUUAUAUUAAAAAUGUAGCUAAGGAAAUUAAUAAAAUUGAAAAAAAAGAAAAUAACAUAAAAAGAGAUGAGAAGAAUGAAAUAGAAGUUAAAAAUUGUAAAAGUGAGAGUGAAAAAGAAGAAAAUAAUGCAUAUCAUGAGAAUGAUAUGAAAGAUAUUAAUGUAAUUUAUAAUGAAUGCUUAACUUUUUUUCUAAAGAUUCAAGAAUUUUUAAAAACAGAAGAUAUAAUAAAUACAACCUAUUAUAAUGAUGAAAAUAAUGAUAUUGACGUUGAUGUUGAAAUGUAUUUUUUUAGCAAAAGUUUAAAAAAAAAAUAUCGUAGUGAAAAUAUUAUGGAUAGUAAUAAUGAAAAAAGAGAUAUCAAUGAUGUGAUUGAAACAAUAGAUAGUGACAAUUUAAAUUCUGAUUCUGCAUUUUCUGAGGAAGAUGAAGAAAAUUUUGAUUCAAAAGAACAUGAUUUUUAUUAUCACGAUGAGAAUAUUUGUUUAAUUGAAUUAAUUUUGGGCGUUUUAAAAGAAAACAUAUUUAUUAAAGAAUUAAAAAAUGGAAAAGAUAAAAUAAAAAAAAAUACAGAAAAAGGUGAAGAUAAACAAUAUAAAAAAAAGGAUGAUGAUGAUAAAAUAAAAAAAUACAAUAAUGACAAAGUAGAUAUAAAAUUUCAGACAAUUGAUGAAUCUUUUUUUUCUCAAAUGCUAUUAAAUGAGAACAAUAUAAAUAUUUCUUUACUUUUUUUAAACAAUUUGAUUUUAAAACUUCAUGACAAUAAAUUUUUAAAGGAAUAUUUUUACUUAUUAAAUAAAAUAAUUGAAAAUUAUGAUAAACAAAAUAUAGUUACAUCAAUGAAUUGUUUAACUCAUUUAAAUAUAUAUAUAAAAAACAAAAGUUUUCAUUAUAUUUUAGAUGAAAAUAUCAUUUACAAAUUUUAUGCAAACAUUAUAUAUCUAUUUUCUCAAAUAAAAUCUGAGAAAGAAAAAAAAGUCUUAUAUACAUUAUAUUCAACCAUAUAUUCCUGUCUAAAUUUUAUGUUUGUCAAUAAAGAUUCUAUUGAUAUUUUAAAAACACCUUUAUCCUAUAUGAACGUAGAAUUAUACUUAUUUCUUGAAGAUGUUAUAAAGCAUUUAGAUCAAAAUGAUAAUAAAAAUCAUACUUUUAAUAACAAACAUUUCAAAAAAAUGUUUCAUUUAAUAUGUAACAAUAUGGAAAAUAUCAUAAAUUAUGUAAGUUAUAAUUAUUCGUUGACUGAUGAAUAUGAAAUAAAAGAAAAAAUAGAAAGAAACAGUGAAAAUGUAAAAAAUAAUUAUAAAGUUAUUAAUAAUAACACAAUUAAUAAUAAUAAUAUUAAUAACAAUUCCAGUAAUAAUGACAUUAAUAAUAAUGUGAAUCAUAACAAAAAAAAAGAUAUUUACGAAAAUAUUAUUAAAAAUAAGAAAAAGGAACAAGUAUGUAGUGAUAUGCUAUCAAAUAAAAGUGUUGAGAACACAUUAAUAAGUAAUAAUAACUUAGAAAUAAAAGAUGUCUAUGUAAUUAUAUCUAAAAUAAAAAAAUCUAUUGAAAUUUUAUUAGAAUUUUUAAAAGAUAUAAAAAGCAAAUUUAAAGAUUUUAAUGAAAAUUCCAACAAUUUUAAAAAAUUUAAAAAUGAGUUUAAUGAGGAAAUAAAUUUAUUGAUACGAUUAUUUUGCAAUUACUUAAUUCAUGAAAAUGUUCAUUAUAUUGACGAUUUUAUAAAACUAUUAGAAUUUUUUACUAUUUUUCUAGAAGAAGAAAACUUUUUUUUUCUUUUAGUAGUAAAAAAUGUUCACGUUGAUCGUUAUUUUAAUAACAAAAUUUUUAUCUCAAAACUUUUUCUAUAUAUUUUUGAUAUCAGUAUGAAAAAUAUUACUCAUGUAAAAAUUUUAUUUAAUUUAUUUAAUAAAUGUGCUUUUAAUAUAAUAGAAUUUCUUGAAGUAAAUGUAGAAAAAGAUAUUUCUGAUAACUCAUUAAUUAUUGAAAAUUCCAUUAAUGAUUAUGAUUUAAUUGAAAAUUUAAAUAUAUCAGUAGAUAAAUUAAGUAACUUAAAUUUUGUUUAUAUAAUAUGUGAAGAUGAAUAUCUUAAGAAUACUGAUAAUAGUUUCAAAGGAAAUGUAAAAAAUAUUAUUUUUUUUAGCACUCAUUUUUUCUUUUAUUAUUAUUUUAAUGUUUUGCAUAAAAAAAAUGAAAACUUACCUCAACAUAAUUUCGAUGUUAUUAAAGAUAAUUAUUAUAAUUUAUGUAACAAGCAAAUUCAGAAAGAUGAAAAAAGUUUUUUUCUUUCAUUAAAAAUUUUAUUAUCCAUUACUUCAUUGCUUUUUAUGAGAUUUGAUGCUUAUAUAGUAACUCAUAUUUUAAAAAAAAAGGAUAUUCUUUUUAUACAGGAUUGUUUAAUUUUAUCUCUUUUAAAUUUGAAAUAUAUAAAUGAAGAUAAAAUGAAGAAUAAUGAAGAAAGUCAAAUAAAAAAAAAAAAGAAGAAAUUUUUUUUUCAAAUAUUAAAAUUGAUUUAUUUUAUUAUGUAUUAUCAUCCUUAUUUUGUAUCUUUAUUUAUUUAUCGUCUAAAACAAUUGAAAGAAGUAAAUGAUAUAACAUAUUUUGAAACAAGCAGAAAUAAAAUGAAGGAAAAAUAUAUUUCUAUUUGUUUGUUUUUAAAUAAUUUUAUUAAGAAUUAUGUAUAA